UUUUAUCCUUUUUCAAUGCAAUGUAAAAUUUUGUAAUCAAUGAAUUUGAUUGUGAAUGUGCUAUAACAUCUGAUGAAACAGUUAAAAGGAGGGUGCAGAUAACGAUGGUCGGAUAUUUGGAAAUUACUCCGUCAACCGCGCUGAUUGUUUUAGGUGAAAUCUUGUCCAGCUUUGGGAUACAAGUUGAUGAGCCAAAUAUCGCCAACAUAGAAAAACAGCUAUCCAUUCCAGUGGGAAUGGACAAGUUGAUUGUGGAUGAAGAAAAUAGAGAAAUAGUGUCAGCCCCUGUAUCCAAUGAAGUUCAACUGAUUGCGAAAGAAAAGCGCUCCAGCAUGGACGAAUGCAACGAAGAGACUACUUUGCUCAGCUCUACAUUAUCACUUAGUAGAUUAGAGGCGGAAUUUCUACGGAAGCAACUACAGCUGCUUAAUUUAAAGGCCUGUCCAAUCAUGGAUCUUUUUCAGUACUGUGAUAGCUUUAACUCCACGUGUAGCCAUUGUCUUGACACUCAAAAGCGGGCCAGUGAGAUGGGACUGUUGAUGCUGCAGCGGGCUGUUAAUUAGACGUAAGUUUUUAUGUUAUUUCAUAAAGUUCCUGAAAAACGUUCAAUCCUUUUUAGAAACAAUAAAACUGGUAUCUUAUUUUAUACA